AUGUCAGAAUUUAAGGUUAAAACUGGGCUCGCCCAAAUGUUGAAGGGUGGUGUAAUUAUGGACGUUGUCACACCUGAACAGGCCAUUAUCGCAGAAAGAGCAGGUGCCUGUGCUGUUAUGGCACUAGAGUGUAUUCCUGCUGACAUGCGUAAAUCUGGCAAGGUGUGUCGUAUGUCCGAUCCACAUAUGAUCAAAGAAAUCAUGGCUGCAGUGUCAAUUCCAGUUAUGGCAAAAGUCCGUAUCGGACACUUUGUAGAAGCACAAAUUUUGGAGGCCUUACAGGUAGAUUAUAUCGACGAAAGUGAAGUGCUGACCCCAGCUGACUGGGUUCAUCACAUUGAGAAAAACAACUUCAAGAUUCCAUUUGUUUGCGGUGCCAAGGAUUUAGGUGAGGCAUUGAGGAGGAUAAACGAAGGUGCUGCAAUGAUUCGUACCAAAGGUGAAGCCGGUACUGGUGAUGUUUCAGAAGCUGUCAAGCACAUCAACAAGAUCAGGGGAGAGAUUCAGCAGUAUAAAGAGGCUUUGAAAGAGGAGUCCGAUUUUGAAGCAAAGGCCGCAGAAUUAAGGGUCCCAGUCGAGUUAUUGAAGACUACACUGGCAAAUGGAACGCUUCCCGUAGUUAAUUUCGCUGCUGGUGGGGUUGCUACUCCAGCAGACGCUGCUUUAUUGAUGCAAUUGGGUUGUGAGGGUGUUUUCGUUGGCUCGGGUAUAUUCAAGUCAUCAGAUCCUGAGAAGUUAGCUUGUGCCAUUGUUGAAGCCACAACUCACUACGACAACCCAGCAAAACUAUUACAAGUGUCCAGCGAUUUGGGUGAUCUGAUGGGUGGUAUUUCCAUCCAAUCAAUCAAUGAAGCAGCCGGUAAAAAUGGCACAAGACUUUCUGAAAUCGGAUGGUGA